UCUACUCCUCAAGAGCUUCAAGAUGAUAUGAUUUCCAUCGUCUGCGUCCGCUGUGGCGAGGAGAAACCGGCAGGUGACUUUAUUGGCAAAAGGAAAUCGGUGGGGCACACCAAGAACUGCCAGGACUGUCGCAAUCAGCGCAGUUCUCAUUACUCCAGGUCCAGAGGCGCGAUCCUGACAUUAAGAAACCUCGCCGUCGCUCCUUCUUCAACUGAGAGUCCCGCUCCGAAGAGAACUGAAGAAGAUGCUGGCCUAUUGCCUCCUAACGACAGAUUCGGAACCCAACCUACGUCGCCAGAGAGGCUGCGGCAAUGUCAUACAGCGAAGACGUUAUCCGGGGCGUCGAUUAGCCAGCCGCGAAUAGUGUUGGGGACGCCAAUUCCACCAACCCAACAAAGCUCGCGGCUCUUCCGUACAAUAGCUCCCUCACCUCCUGCGCAGCCGACGACACUACUAACCGCCUCACAUUCCGAUCCAUUCCUCAAGUGUGGGAGAGACUCACAGGACGAUUCCUCCAUGGCUGGCGCAAGGGCCAAGCGGGCUGCUAUCCAGCGCGGCCAUCGUUCACGACGCCGUGCAGGCGAGACUGUGUCACUGACUCCCUCAAUAUCUCAACUCGGCGCGUUUAAAGGUUCGGAGGGGCCUGGGGCAGAUAUUCUUACUUAAUGGUCGCAGUACUUCGGGCUAACGACAGAAUGUAGAUGCGAGCC